UCGUCAUUCGUGCUGUAGGCAGGAGUGAAGCGUCUCUAGUGUUUUAUGAUAUUUUAAAGAUUAUAAUUAGGUACUCACAUUUCUGUAUGUAAAAAUUGAAUGAAACUUGAAUGUGUAUUGUGCAAAUUAAAUUAACAUUGUUAGUGUUCAUUUAUAAUUAUGAUUAAGUUAGUUUGCCCUGGGUUAAACCAUAACCAACUUAUUAACUAGAGAACGUACCAGAAAAGCGUCAGCCACGGAAUACUGCUAACUGGAUCAGGUGUUAGUUAGAUGGAAAUCAGUUUGAUAAUAUGAAUGGAAGAGAAUGUGGCACAAUGGAGACUUCAGUGGGGUUGUCAAAUACUGGCUUGUUGGAAGAGUCACACACUGGCCCAUUGAAGGCUUCAAUUGAGUUGUCUUAUACUGACUCAAAGAAAGAACUAAUUGACUCAUCUGCCAUAUACCCCAUACAGGAGCCAUUGGAGGCAUCCCCUAGUGAUUCGACAGAGUCUUCUUCGUCUCCUAAUGACUCAAAGAAGGAGUUAAUCGAGUCAUCUGCCAAAAACUCAAUAGAAGAGCCGUUGGAGGUAUCCCCUAAUGACACAACAGAGUCUUCUUCACCUCCUACUGACUCAAAAAAGGAGUUAAUUGAGUCAUCUGCCAGAGACUUGAAAGAGGGGCCAUUGGAGGUAUCCCCUAUUGUCUCGACAGAGUCUUCUUUGUCUCCUGCAGACGCAAAGAAGGAGUUAAUUGAGUCAUCUGCCAGUGACUCUCUAGAGAAGCCAUUGAAGGAAUCCCCUAGUGACUCAAUAGAGUCAAUAGAGUCUUCAUCGUCUCCUACUGACUCAAAGAAGGAGUUAAUUGAGUCAUCUGCCAGGGACUCAACAGAGGAGCCAUUGGAUGUAUCUCCUAGUGGUUCAAAAGAAACCUCUUUAGAUGACACAAAUCCAACAUCACAACCAGAAAAUAUAACAAAUGGCACUGAAAAUCAUUGUAGUGGUGUGAAUAAUCAAUUGAGCUCAAAGAGCACUGACUUAUUAGAUAGCAAAGAAAAUACUGUAAUAACAGAUAUUUUGGAUAAAGAAGAUAAUAAUUGUAAUGAUGAUACAAGUAUAAUGACUGUAGAUGAUGAUUCUACUAACCAGAUUUUCAAUGAGGAAUAUUCUGAGAAAGGGUUGAACAAAACAGACAAUGAGAAAAAUAACCAGGAGAAAAAUAAAGAUACAAAACAGGGUGACAUUGAUGCCAAUGUAUCAAAAAAAAUCCAAAAUUCUGACAAUAAAUUAAAACGUAAACGGUUGUCCAGUUCUGAUGUCCUAGUUCUUAGUGAUAAUGACGAUAGUGUGAUUGAAUUAAAAGAUGAUCCACAAGCUAAAGAAGAAGACAAACCACCACUUCGAAGAAGUAGUAGGGUUAUAAAAAGAAAAAGAUAUGAUAAUAUGGAAAAUAAAGAUUAUGAAUCUGAUGUUGACGAUGUUCCUAUGAAUGAUGUGAAAAGCAAACAUAAACCAAUAAUGACAAAUAGUACAAAACCUUUAAUCGAAAUUGCAACCAAACAAAUAAGAUCAGCAACCCAUAAAAAAGAAAAUACAGUAAUAAAUCUAGAUAUAAAUCGAAAACAUUGUAACAGGCCACAACUUAUGCACAAAAAUCCAAUGCCAAUAAACAAAGUGACUGCACAAAAUUUAUGCCAAAGUAUUCUGGCACGUGGUACAACUGUGACUCCUGUGAGCACCAAACCAGCUUAUACACAGGCUAGUAAGUUGCCAGCUCAGCCAGUAUUACCUUCUCUUACUGAUGAUAUGUUUGUUGUUGAGGCACCAUCGUUUAUUGUACCCUAUGUUUAUGAAAAACCAUCUAACAUACCGUUUAGAAAAUUUGUGGAUGAGUUAGGUAAAGAAAUAGAACAAUUGAAUGUAGAUGAUCCAAAGAAAAAUGAAGAGAAGGCAGAUGAUACACUUGAUACAGAAGUUAAGGAAAUUGAUAAGAAAAUUGAACAAGAUGAAAAUGAAAAUGCUGAAGAAAAAACUGAAGACAAUGCAGAGGAUGAUAUAAAAACGAAAAAGUCAGUUAAAGGUAGAGGUCGUCGUAAAGUUGAAGAUGAUGAUUUGUCUUGGGAUGGGUCUUCAUCAGACUCAGACGAAGAUAUUGAUGGUCAUGAAAAAUCGAACAUUGUCAUCAUCAAAUCUGAAGCAUCCAAUGAAAUAAACGAUGUUCCAGGCAUAACAGUAGAACCCAAAACAGAAGGAAAAUCAAACAUUCAUGCUGACAUGCCACUAGGAAAGUUUUUUACAGAAAUUGGACUACAUUUGGUGCAAGAGUAUGUACAAAAUGAUCUGUUAAAACAACAAGUUAGAAAACUUAAUGUUCAAGAAAAGAAAGGGCAAAAUACUAAAUCUAUUCAGACAUGUAUUGCUUCACUUACAAAAAAUAUAGAAAUUAGUAAAACUAAUAAUGCACCAUAUAGAUUUAAAUUACGAAAAUGUGAAUUUUGUACUUUCAAAACUGAAUCAUUACUAGCGAUGAAACAUCAUCUGGAGACCCCUCACAUGAAAAAUAGUGUAUACAAAUGCAAUUUUUGUGAGUUUGACAGUAAAAGUCCUCAUGAUAUAUUGCAUCAUAUGGAAGCACAACACAAUAUUCGGGGAAGGUUGGAAAGGGCACCAGCUUACCACCAAUGUGCUAAUUGUCCAUUCGAAGACAAUGGCAAGGGUAAACUUGCACGACAUCUUAUUGCUUGCGCUAAAAAAUUCAAGCCUGAAUUCAAUUUAACACCACCUGUAGACUGGGAACCACCUGCAAAGAUACCAAAGAUGGCUCGGGCAAAUAAUCAAUUUUUGGGUGCAUAUCAUAACAUGCUAAAUAAAGGUCAAAGUAUUAAUAACAAUUUUGGACGACCGGUUGUGAACAGCUUAGGAGCCUCAUCGAUGUGUAAACCAAGAGGACGCUCUCCAAUGAAUGUACCGUCCCGAUUUACUCCUGUACAGGGCAUACCUAUUGUUCGAGGUGCAACUGGUAUGUAUGGAAGAAAUAACUCGACCCAAGUUCAAAUGUCUUCAAACUUUUCUGGGAACCAUGAGAAGAAUAUGUCAGUGCAGUCAAAGACAAGUUACCAGCCGUCAAUUUCUAUCACACCACUGAUGAGACAACCCAACCCACUUCAGCAGUCACUGGCUCCACCUCCUGGUCAGCAGAACAAGAGUUCUUGUGUAAUAUGUGAGAUAUGUGACGGAUACAUAAAAGACUUGGAACAACUUCGGAGUCACAUGCAAUGGAUACACAAAGUGAAAAUUCACCCUAAAAUGAUACAUAACAGGCCACCACUGAAUUGCCAAAAAUGCGAGUUCAGGUUCUUCACUGACCAGGGCUUGGAGAGGCAUCUUCUAGGAUCUCACGGCUUAGUUACAAGCUCUAUGCAAGAAGCGGCGAAUAAGGGUAAAGAUGGUGGUAGAUGCCCUGUAUGUGGAAGGGUAUACCAAUGUAAACUACUCAAUCACGUAACAAGGGAGCACAAGCUAAUGUUGAAACCCGCUCAUCUCUCCUACAAGUGUACUGUUUGCACCGCCACAUUUGGGAUGUACAAGCAGUUUGAGAGCCACGUGUACUCCAAACACAGUGUGCUAUCAAAACAUGGGACAUCUGAUAAAGAUAAAACUCCAGCCCCAGUCAAGGCUGGCCAGUCAUUAAGGAAACAGUUUAAAAUAAACAAUGACGUCACAAUUACACCCAAAUCUGUACCCAGUGCUGAGAAGAGUGGCGAGAAGAGUAUUGAGAAGGUUAAAUAAAUUGUCCCAGUGCUGCAAUUUUAAAAGUCUUGCCAACUUGGUUGUACUUUAUUUAUAUAUGGGCAUUAUGAGGCCUUCUUCAUGCAUAGUGUACAUUCCAAUGUGUUAUUAGUUUGCACCAAAUUUUAAAUAUAGGAUACAAAUUUUAAAUAUAUAUAAUAAUAAUUAUUAUUAUAAUUGAAAUGUUUCGCAUGCUGAGAUUUUUUAUGUUUUUAAUUUGACAAUUGUGUGUUUUUUUAUUUAUACAAUACUUUGUGCUAUGAAAGUAGGCAGAAAAAGUUCAUGAUACAUAUCAUUGUAAUUCAUGUAACUACUGUUACAAAAAUACCAAUAGUAGUUAAUCUGUAUUACGAACGAUCUUCACCCAACUGUUUAUUGGAUGAAAAGUGUUUUAUAUCAAAUUUAGUAUGUUAAAAAUUGUAUUGCGAGUAGGUUGCCUAAAAAAUCCUGGGUAACUUAACCAUUAUUUAUCAUAACUGAUGAUAGUUUUGCCAGGACUUUUAGAGGCAACAUACUCGCUUUAUAUUUUUUAAUGUACUAAAUUUGAUAUGAAACACUUCAUCCAAUAGACAGAUGGGUGAAGAUCGUUUUUAAUACAGAUUGUACUACAAUAUAUUUUAAGAUUUUGAUAUAAGGUAAUUAGUUAUUCACUCAAUCUAGAGACAUGGAUAUAGUUUAGAGGGAUUUCCUAAACAUUCGAGAAGUUAUUAUGUACUUUUUCAGCCAACUUUUGUCACAAUUUUCGUAUUUUGUGUACCAAUUUAUUAUUUUUGUGUAUUAUUGAAAUAAUUACGAGAUUAUGUAGUCUAAGCGUGCAUUCAAAGGAUUUGUGUAAAUUUGCCCAAGAAUCAACAUAGAUUGACAUACAUCUUAAGUCUUAGCUAAUGUGUGUAAAAAUUAAAAAAAAAACACGUUUUUCAAAUUAAGUUUAUUAGAAAUCCUUAACGUUUAUUAAUUAAUAUCGAUAUAUUUUGGACCCUUAUUCCAUGUACGAAAUUAAUAUUGUUUAUAUUAAAUUUGAUGAGUCAACUUUUAGCAGUUCAAUUUGACGUGAACAUAUUUUAUGAAUAUUGAUUCUUGGGCGAACUUAGUGGAGUAUGAUCCCAGAGCGAUUUAAAAUAAAGAGUAAGACGUUUAUGGUAACUGUGUUCCUCUUCCUAAACUCAUAAUCUGAUUCAGUCUCUCUCGCAAACAAAAUUUUGUGUUAUAUUUUUUUUAUAACAGAACAUCCCCAGUUUGGUUAUUACUAUCUGUUUGACUGCUCAAAUAUUUCUCAGUAAUAGUUAUCUUCAUCAUAUCAGCCGAUGGACGUCCACUGCAGGACAUAGGCCUUUUGUAGGGACUUCCAAACAUCACGACACUGAGCCGCCUGCAUCCAGCAUAUCCUUGCGACUUGCUUGAUGUCGUCAGUUUAUCUGGCACGUCGAUUCUCUUUCUACAAUUGCAAACGCUUCGAAAAUCAAAAAUUCUAUGGGAAUGACAAUAUCGACAGGUCACGUGAUCAAGCUAUCGGAGUCAUUACCAUACAUUUUUCUGUUUUCGAAGCGUUAGCUAUUGUAGAAAGAAUCGAUGUGCCACAAGGCUACCGGCCCUGAAAACCUAAUUCAUCUUUGUGAAAAUAAGUUAUUUCAGAUCGCUCUGGGACUUGGACUAUGCGUUUGCUAUAACUAUAAUGGGGAUGAUGACUAGGUUUGCAUAUAUCGAUUUUUAUGAUACAUUCGGGUAAAUAAGGUCAAUGUUAACUGAUUUAUACAUAAAAAGCAAAGAUUGACCGGAUAUUUGCAAAAUAAAUAAGAUCUUUUAUCGUACCUAGAUGAAAAUUCAUACAGUUUUAGCUUCCUUACAUUAAAUGUGACAUUUUCCAAUUUAAAAACUAUAAACAUAAACGCACAAAUAACAAAGAUAUUAGUAAUUAUGUUUGACCGCCCAUACAAAUCUAACGAUCAUUAUGGACCUAUGACGUCAUUAAUUCGUACCUUUUUGUAUGGAGAGUUUGUCAGGGAUCCGCGGCAGCGCCGCAAAUCUGAACCUUUAAAUCCCUGUAGUUCCGAAAGUAAUGAUCGCAGAUACCCUGUUACUUUUACAAAGUUGCUUUACUAUUAGUAUACUCCUGAUUGAUAUACAAUUUAAAAAACUGUCAUCAUCCCUAUUGUCCUUUGGCCCACGCCGCUUGUGCUAGCUUUAGACUCGUUAUUAAACAGACUGAUCAGGGGUAUUAAUAAUAUGGAAAAUGUUUUCUUAUUUAUAGAAAUUUUAACUAGCAAUGAAAAUACAUUUUAUUUAAAUAUCGUAUUGAUCUCUCAUAUUUCUAGACUUGCGUUUUUUUUUCAACCAAGUUAAUUUUAAACUAAUUUGAAAUAUUUUGUAUCUAUGCUUAUGACAUACUCAAUAUGCACUGUUUACCAACGAACAAAUUAAAAAUGAAGGUUAAAAUUCGCUGGUCAUUUCACACCUAAUAAUAAUUAUAAUUAACUUAUUCUUAAUUACUUUUAUUUUUAUUACAGGUUUAGGUAGUUAAUUUAGUUAAAUAUUAUUGUUUUAUUUAAUUGUACAUAAUUAUAAAUACAUACUAUAAAAAUAUAGUAAGACUUGUUCUUAAAUUAAUGAAAAUAAAUAUAAUUAGUAUUAAAAUAAAAUAAAAACAAUUACAUAUGAAUAAUACGUUUUGAAUAACAUUUUAUAUAAAAACAAUACAUAAUAUGCAUCGAUCUCCUAUUAAAAGGUGGAUGCACAAUCAGCAACCAAAAAACGUCCCCAUUCAAUGAGUGCCAAACACAACUUCUUGGCACUCAAUUCAAGUAGCCGCAUUUGCAAAUUCAACCUUAAACUCAAUUCUUAACGUUCAAUUUGCUCUGAAUUUGGGAUGUUAUUGAAUAUUAGACUUUAUUUAAAGGCCUUUAGGUAUAAUUUUCUUUACCAAUAAUUGUAAAACUGUCAAAGCAAAAUUGGCCAGUUUUUAAGUGAAAUUUUCUACAUGAUUGUGCGUCUUUUUAUUGUAUGAGGUUAAUGAUAUUAUGGAAUAAAAAUGUUAUGAAAUGACAUGCAUUUUUUACCUUAAUUUCUGAUUUAUUUGUAGGUAAACAGUGCGCAUUGAGUAUGGCUUUAGUAUAAUUUCAUCCAGAGGAUGACGGAGGAUGCCUGGUCAUAUCAGUGUUUGAUGAUUGAAUUGAUAAUGUAAAUCUAACUAUGAUAGGACUAAAAAUAUCCUAGUAAAAACAUGAUACUAAAACUCAUUAAUUGAUUAUGAAGCACUGCUAAAACUCACGUGAUACAACGUCGGAGUAUGCUAGAUUAGUUUCAAACCCAUACGGGGCCCUUAAUCAUGAGCUGGUUCUUGCAACGCGACACGACAGCGCGAGCGGCCGCACAAAGCGCGCUUUGGGAGAGGGGCUGUGGGGUAAGGCGUGAAGGUUCCGUUACACUCCGACGGUUCAUGAAUGAACCGAAACUAGUCGGGCAUACUCCGACGUUGUACCACGUGAGUUUCAUAAUCAAUUAAUAUGAAUAACACUCACGAUGAUUUAAAUACUAAAGUGAUGUUUUUUUUUAAAUUAUGACUGUUUUUCUGUAUUAUCAUAAAAUAAGAAUUUAUAUUUUUAUAGUUUAUCCUUAAUGACAUCAUUCAUAUAAUUUAUCAAUCAUAUAAUCAUCUUAGUCCUCAAUGGAAACUGGUUUCGCCUGGAAAUAGAAGAUAGAGUUUGAGAAGAAUCUUAGGCCGAGGUUUCCAACUCUACGAGUAUGACAUAAUAAAGCCCUAAUCUCAUUUUCUACACACGCACCGAAGCGUGAUAUAAUGAGAUGCUAGAUUUCCUUUACAAUAUGUAUUAAAGCUCCAAUUUCAGGCCGCGAUCUACACUGCGAUACCAAGUAUUGAAGUCCGAUACCAGGCCGAGCUCUCCAUUACAUUGUCAUGUUCACAAUGUAAUUUCAAAGUCUAAAAUUUAAUCGUAAGGAAAACCCUGUUUUAUACGAAAUGGCCCCUUAGUGUAAAAUUACUUGUAAAACUACUCACUAUGUAGAUAAUACAGAAUAAGUGUGCACUAUAUUACGUCACUGCCUCGGCUUUAAGCCAACUAUAUGUAUUAUGAGCAAAUAAAUCUUUAUACAAUUCGAUGUUAUAGCCGAUUCGAUGGAUGAUUGUAUCUUAGUUAACGAUAAUUAAUUAUAGUGGUUAAUAUGCACUUUGUAUGGAUUGUAGUUAUACAAUGUUGCCAGUUGCCAACUGUAUGUAUUGACUAUUACGGAAUUUCGAAUAUUAAAAAUCACAUUCAUACUAGCAACAUUUUCAUAAGUAUAUUUAACACGCCGGUGUUACUUCAAAAGUUCAUCCAUCGUAUAUAAUUAUGUAUAUUGUGAAAAAUUUCGUUUUUCUAUUUUGACAGCAAAAUUAAUCAAUUUUGUUUUACCUUUUCAUGUUUAUACUUUAUAUGGGCAGUUGUAUAAAUAGUUUUCAAUGAAAAAAAAAUAAUCUAAAUAAUGUAUUUAUAAUUGUCUUUUUUAAGUAAUUUCGAUUACAUAGUCGUAAUUAAUUAAUUCCUAGUGUAGACCAAGUAGUAUUUCAAGUAGGCUCAUUUAAAUGUGUUUAAUAUAUGGUUGUAAAUUAUUUUGUUUCGCUUAUAAUAAAACAAUAUUAUAAAAGAAAGUAUUUGUACCAGUGGCGUAGCCUGCCUUGACGGGGCACUGUAUCAAUAUUAGUUGGAGGGGGGCAAAUAAAGGGUAAAUUUCUCACAAAAGAAAUAAAAAUGCUUGCUUAAAAUAAAUAUGACAGUGAGUUUUUUAAAUAAGUAUGUAUAUGAUAUAUAUAAAAUGUUUCCAACUUUUGGGUGCUCGUUUCAUCCGGAAAAAAGGAUUACUUUUUUUACUUUUGUCAUUUCUGGAGUGAAACUCUAAAGGCAGUUUUUUUUUGGAUAGCAUCAGAUUAAGUGUGAUUCUGGAUAACAUUUUACUAGCUUUCACACAUAAGACCUCGUAUCAUUGAUACGGCUGAUACGAAGAUAGCUACGCCCCUGAUUUGUACACCCAACUUGCACAUUAUAUACCUCAACGAAUCUGAUAUAUUUCAAUAACUCAAUUUUUAAAGGGCAAUGCUCACGCACACUCUUACAAUGUUGGUCUAAAGUCAUAAAAUAUUUACCGUGGAUCUGUAAAUUAUAUCUAUAUAUACAUGGAAACUGUUUUAGAAACUGGUUCGUAUUUAUUGUUAAAACAAAGUGUAAUUUUUUUUUUAGAUGACUCAAGCUUCAUCAAUUGAUCAUAUAUAAUAAUCUAUAAUGAAGAAGAUCCCCUGAAAGAAAAUUGAAGGACAUGUCCCAAAAUGGUAUCAAUAGACACAAGUUAAAAAGAAACAUUAAAUCGUAGACAGAGAAGCAUUAAACAAAGAAAUCCUUAAAUUGCUUUAAAAACGCCAUAAACGAACGCUACUACGCGAAGAUCACUGACAAUUUGUCAGGGUGUGAGUUACAAGCAUGUUGUCAUGAUAAAAAUUCUUAAUUAAUGUCAGCUAAUAAAUAUUUUAUAUAAUUAAUUAAAAAAAUGCGGGUUCCAAAUUUUUUUUAUUUUGGGUUUUAAGCCUUAUAUUUUAUGUUCUUUUAAGAUAAAAAUAAUUUGUUCUGCUUAGUUAACACUCGGAUUAAAGGCCCAGCCUCAGCCCAGCCAAAAUUGGGACAUGUUCUUUGUUGGGUUUUCAGGCAAUAAUAUGACUCCACUGUUGUUUUAACAAUGCAAAUACCUGUAAUAUAAAAGUAGUGAGAGAUAUUUAUAAUAUGUUAAUGGAUAUUAACGUGCAAAUGUAGAAUAAAAAUGCUUGAAAUCAUAAUAAUUAUGUGCUCUUAUGAGUAACUCUGUACUUACGAAGUGAUAACUUUAUAUGUAUUUAUAUAAUAUUAUGUUUAAUUAGUCCCAACACUUACCAAAGUUUGGGUAACGUAUUUUGUUACCAACUUAGCAUACUUGAAAACACUUACCAAUUGGUAAAUCAAUACUAUAAUGACGACCUGUUAGAAUUUUAUAUCGUUCGGUCAAGAUUAUUGUCACAGAGUUGAUGAAUUGAUGAUGAUUAUAAUUGAUUGAUCAGUCAACAUCACAGCAUGCUCGACGUAUGGCUUGGCGCAUAUCGUGUUAGGCUCAGUGGCGUAGCGUGCUUUAAAGGCGCUCUGUAACAAAAUUUGUUAGAGGCCUAAAUGAAGGGUAAAAAUUUCUCACAUAAGAAACAAAAACGCGUGCUUAAAACUAAUAUGACAGUAAUAUUUGUAACUUUGGAUUUUGUCAUUUUUGAAGCGAAAGCUCAUAGACAGUUUUUUAUGUUUUUUUCCCCGGAAGUCCACUUUUGGAAUUCUAAAGGCAGUCUUUUUGUUUGGAUAGCACCAGAUUAAGUGUGAUUCUGGAUUACAUUUUACUAAUUUUUGCUUUCAUACGUAAGGGCCCCCUAUAGUUAUGAUACUGCGGUAGCUACGCCCCUGGCUAAGCUAUAACUGACAUACUGAUUAUAAAUGACAUACUAUCGAACUGUUAUUGAAUGUGCUGGCGUUGAAAUAAAUACUAAAAGUAAUAUAAACGGCAGCUAAUCUCUUCGUAGUGGCGAAACCUUAGGUAAAGCGCCUCUCCAGAUGUGGGUCGGCCUUAAAUAUUCUUUUCAAAAUUAAUAAUUAUAUUAGCUUUCUAUACACCGUAGUUAUGUAGUUCAUUAAAUUUUUAUUCACAAUCUGCUAAGAGGACCCAGUAAACUUGCCUAUACCUUGUCGUUUACAAAAUAAAACGCACCGUUUGUCUUUGCCUAUGAAGCCAUUUAGCCAAAUAUAACAGCAUAGCUUAGUUGAUUGAAUUUAGGGUACAAAUAACAGAUUUACCGAAUUUCGUUGGUUCAACGUUUAAUAGGCUGUGUACUGAUUUAUGACGGAGGAUAUAAGCAUAAUAUAUAUAUAGGUAUUUUCAUUUAUCAUUGAAUACGGUUUGUGUUGUAUUCAUCACAAUAUUUAUAUUGUUCAAAGCGUGUGUUAUAAUAAUUAAAGAAAUUUAUAUUUUUUGUUUAAAAGUGUUGUUGAUUUUUUUUUAAUUUUGUCUUAUUACUUUUUGAUCUGGAAAUUCUAUUAAGUAGUUGUCUUCUAGGAAAAGAGAUGCAAAAUUCACGAGAAUUUUGAUUGUAUUUAGUGUUUUGCAAAAAUAAUCUUAAUGAAUACCAGUAUUUUUUUUUAUUUAAUGUUAUCAAUAAAUCUUUUGACACCAAUUUCUAAACAAUUUUGGUUUAAUUUAGUUUAGUGCAUCCUAUGAUUCUUCACUUUAUCAUUGUAAAUUACGAAAAUAGAUGAGUAAUAUUGUGCCCUGCUUGUAAAACAAACUCACGAAUUUUCAAUAUACUCGUAAAUUUUUUUUUUACAUUAUAAAUCUUAUUUAAUUAUAAUUACAUUAUAGUAAAAAGUACAAAGUGUAAAUCAAUGAAAUGCUGGAUUGUGUGUGUAAAAAAAGGAAUUCAAAAUUAAUGUUCUUGGAAUGAAAACAUAAUAAUAUUUUCAUUUGUUUGGAAAGGCUUACAUUGAAAUAGUCUUCGAAUGAGAGCCUUUGAUAGUCAUAUAUUAUUUUAUGAAGGCUAAACGCGAACCAUAAGCACCCUACAAGUAGGUAUAGCUUGGCAAAUUAAUUCGUAAUACUCCCAGUGAUCCACGGGGGCCGGGGGGCGAGUAGCGAUGACAGAUAAAGAUUGACCUCUACACAACUUAUUACAUUACGAAUUAGUCUUCAGACAUCUCUGAAUAUCCUUUAUAACAUAUGUAACUCGAUAUUAGAAUAUACGAAUAUGUGUAUUAUAGAUUAAAUAUAUCACACUAAUAUUAGUCGAAAGGCGAAAGUUUGUGUGUGUGUAAGCAUGUUUGUUCCUCCUUUGUGCUGCGGCUACGGAAGCGAUUUGGUUAAAAUUUGGAAUGGAAAUAGAUCUGUCUUUGGAUUAACACCAUACUUAUAGGCUACUUUUCAACCAGAAAAGUUUCCCGCGGGAUUUGUGAAAACUGAAUUCCACCCGAGCGGAGUCGCGGGCGUCCGCUAGUAUUAUAAUACUCGUAUAAGUAAAAAUAAUUGGCGGAAUAAAAAGUUUCAUUUGUUGCACAACAUUUAUUUGUAUAUUGAAAAAAAAGGAAACAUAACAAAUCUUCCUAUUAUAUAUUAUUAAAUAAAAGUUAUUUUAAUAAUGAUAUUUAGCAGUUAUUGUUGUCUUGACAACCAAUAACUUAGCAAGUCGUCGGACUCAUUGUCGAAUAUCGCGUGCGUUUUAUUUUGACACUGAUGUACCUGACUUAUGCGCGCCGCGCGCAUGUUUUCACACCCACGCAGUCAUACGUGCCCCGUCGCCCGCAUACCAUGGGACUCGCCAACGAACUUGCCAAGCUAUAAGAAGUUGACUACUGUACUUAUGAUAGGAGCGUACGCUAACAAAAGAACUUCAGAAAAACGAGUGACUAUUGCAAGCUCAUUCGUUUUUUGGGGUUUGUUACAUGCUUCCUGUUGUCUACGUCUGUUUUCAUGAAGUUGACGUAAACGACCGGAAGUAAUAAGUUGUUAAAUAUGACCUUGAAAAUUGUAACCCAUUUGAUUGGUAAAUAGUUUAAGGUUAAUUUUAACAGCUUACAUAUCACAUCAAGUAGCAUGUUCUCUUAAUAGCUUCAAGUGCCUAACACACCACGCUGUCUCAUUCGGCACAUUUAAAAUUGCGCAUGAACAACGUGAUUACGUCAUAGCUGAUCAAGGUUUAUUAUUAAAUGGUAAAAAAAUAUUUUCACAUACGAAGUAAUAGAAAUCGUUGAGGCAUUUCUAUAUAAUAUAAUUAUUAUUGAUUUCUGCAAGCAGCAGAACAUGAUUUAUUUAAAUUAAUGUUCUUUUAUUUCAACAAAUUAUAGUCCUUGUGCUCAUGAACAAAAUAUUUAUUCAUGACCUUGCUGUUCAAAGUUUCUGUGUGAUAUUCAUGCCGACUUGAACGAAACUGAACGAGGUGAAUCAUGUGUGUUGGGUGAUUACCUUCUAAGCCAUCUUCAAGACUUGCUGCAACCGAAAUAAUACAAUAAGCACCCUGUUUAUGUUUAUAUUUUACUCUGAAAAUUCGAUAAGGUUUGAGGAACAUUUGACUCUUUUUUUCUUUCUUGAAGGUUAUCAUUUAAUAUUUGUAGUUCUGUGAUACAUAUAUUAUAUUUCAUAAUUACUUAGUCUGGAAGAUUAAUAAUAGCCUUUAUUUCCAAUAAUAUAAAAGUAAUUGCAAAACAUUGUACAUUAAAAAUUUAGUAUUAAUUUUAAACAUGUCAAUUUCAAUUUGUACAUUACAAGUUUAGUAUUAAUUUUAAACAUGUUAAUUUCAAUUUAAAAUGUUAAUAAAUAUUUUAUGUCAGAGGAAUUCUUCGUCAUUGUUAAUAUUCUGUCAGUGCUUUAUGUUAGUUAAUUAUUGGAACGUCCUGGAAGUCUGGAAGAUUGCUUGUAAGUAAAUGGGCACCAUGGGCACCUCUUUCAUAGUUUUGAAUAUCAUUUUUUCAAACAAAAUGGUCUUGAAUAUUUUUUUUAUAAUAAUCUUGGGCUUAAGGAUAUUAUCAUUAUACCUAUUUGACAUAUUAUUUCAUUUGAUUUAUUGUGAAAAUGUAUGCUGAAUAAUAAUUUUGUAAAAUUUUGUUAUAUUAUUGUACGAUUGUGAAUAUUUGGUAUCAUAUAAGUACCUAUUUGUAAUAAAGAUACCUUACCAA